AUGGCAGCGGAUGACAUAGAGAAUCCGGCUCCGCUGGAUUACUCCACUCCCAAGUUUCCUUCCCUGUAUUGGCCUAUUCUCGUCCGUGCAGGAGAGGCUUCAUAUCUUUACUACAGCAGGGAUGUGUGGAAAUUUACUACCCUUUGGACAUUGAUCGUGUACGGCGCGGUCCAUCUUGCAGCGAGUCUUUAUGCAGCCUUCAUGCAGCCGCGAAGCUGGAAAGUCAUGUGGCUUGUCCCAGUUAUCUACGUGGUUGUUGGCUCUAUCGAGGCCAUCAUCGCUGGAAGUAUCAUCGGAGGCUUGCUAAGCGCAGUAUAUGAUGCUGGUUCAUUCAAAAUGUCCACCUGGAUACCAUGUAUAUGGUCAUUCAUCAACGUGCUUAUCUUGAUUCUGUCAUCUUUUGCAAUCCAAGGCGGUCUAUGA